AUGUCCAGAGUGGUUAGUGCAACUGAUUACAGUUGUUUACGCCCUCAGUCCCAUGGAAUUGUGUUCAAUCCAAGACAGCCAUCUACACUCUCAAGCAGAUCGUCAACACGCAGCAGCGGACAAAGUUCUAUCACAUCCGUUUCAACUGCAUCUGUCUGUUCUGUCCCCGAUCCCACACUGUCCUCAGUGGAUAUCGAGCAGAUUUUGCUUCAGAAGACGAUUGCAAAAGAAGAUGAACUUAAAAAAGCAUUUCAGACCAUUGACAUUGAUCAGACCCUGAAAGUCACAAAAGGCGAAUUUAGAAGAGUGAUCGAAACAUUCCUUUUACCCCUGACGCAAGAACAAUUUGAUGCUGUGCUAGCAAAGAUUCCAGGCAGUACCAAAGUUACUGUUCCUUAUGUUGAGUUCUUGUCCAGGUUCGCUAGGCCAGUCAACGAUCCCUUCAUAAAGUGGAGUAAUAUUGGAGAUAACCAGACAAGGACAAUAACUCAGCUGGAAUGCCUCUUAAGGGAGAAGAUUUCCAAAAAGAUGAAACGCUUUAUCAAGACCUGUAGACUUUUUGAUUACAAUCAAAAUGGACAGAUUCAGCGGCAUGAGCUGAGAAGGAUCCUUGAGGUCAACUGCUUCAGGAUGACGGACUGUGAGUAUGAUAAGCUGUGGAAUCGAUACUGUAUUUGUCGAACCAACACACUGAAUUAUAAAGAGUUUUUGCAGUAUCUUGGCAUACAUUUGGACAAAAAAAAGAAAAGAAUGUCAGAAAGUCCAGAUUCAGUGCAGAACCAAAAUGAGUCACCAGAAAACAGAAGUGAAAUAAAGCUACUCCCACCUACUACUCCUGGAUAUAAUUUGACAAAAAUCCAUAUGGAUACCACUGCGAAGAAUUUUAGGGAAAAGCUGCGUUCAGCCUAUGAAAACAUUGUAAAAGCUUUCAGAGCAUUUGAUGUUGGUCGGAGUGGAUUUGUUUCUUUGGAAUAUUUAAAAUCAGUCCUUAACACCUUUGUAUUUCCUAUACGAAGUGACGUCUUUCAAGAGCUAAUGAAUAUAUUUGGAAUAAAACUUUCCAAAAAUAUGGCUUGGGAGAGAUUUUUAGAUAAGUUUCAAGACCCCUUGAUAUUCGACAUGAGCUGCACAUCUCCUGCAAGAAAGCACCACAGAAGCAGAAAGUUGGAUGAAGCGUUGUCGAGUGACCGAAUUCUCCUAAAGCUGCAUGGACAUAUCCAAGAUGCUUAUUCCUCCCUGAAGAAGGCCUUCCUUAUGCUUGACAGAAAUCAAGAUGGAAAGAUUACAAGAAAUGAGCUCCGUCGUAUUUUAGAUUGUAUCAUGUUCCGAAUAAGUGAUGAUGACUUCCAAGAAUUAAUCAAGAUAAUAGAUCCAGAACACACUGGACAUCUCAGCUACAAUAAAUUUUUAAAUCUGUUUGAAGACAAGGAUUCAAUACCAGAUGCCAAAUGGAUUAAUGGUUCACAGAAGGCUAAAAAGCCAACUUCUGUUCUUGAAGCUUGGAAUAUUGCAGAAGAUGUCCUAGCUGAGCAAAUCAAAGGAUACUGGAAUGAAUUUACCAAAGCUUUGCAGGCAUGCGAUCCUCGAAAUAAUGGUAUUAUUAGCAGAAAUAAUUUCCGAAAAGUUCUUCAGCUCUAUUGUCCCUCAUUAACUGACGACCAUUUUAUCGCGUUAUACCAGAAAUACCAAGAUGAUACUACAGAAGGGGUCCUAUACAGGAUGCUCUUACAUAGUUUAGGAGUCGCCGAUUUACCAAAAGAAUUAACUGCUUUCACCAGCACCCCUUCAACCCAAGGAAAUCAACAGAAAGAAGAUAAAAAGCAGGUGUACCUUUUAGAGAGAAUGAAACAGAUUGAAGACCAUGCCUACAAAUACUCCAAGAAUAGAAGUGUUGAUGAAGUCAUUGAGAGGCUGAGGGGUGGCAUCUUGCAACAGGAAGCCAGCCUCAGAGAAGCCUUUCUCGCCUACAACAAGCAAGCAAGUGGGAAGUUGAGUAAAACCGAUUUCAAAAAGCUGUUGGAUGAUAUUGGGAUGCCAAUGAGUGAUGAACAGUUUAAUCUACUUAUUGAGAAAAUAGGAUUCCCAUUUGGAGGGCUGUGUUACCUUGAUUUUGUGGCACUAUUUGAAGAUUCCAGGCUGAGUGGACACUCCCCAAAUCGCCGAGCCAACGCCAACAAGUGUCACUUCUUGUCUGCUGAAGAGUGCCUCGGCCAGUACAGCGAUAAACUUGUGGAAGAAUAUGGGGAUCCAUACAUUGCCUUCCGUAAAAUAGAUCAGAAUAAUGAUGGUGUAAUCACCAUGCUCGAUUUCCGACGCCUCCUGGAUAGCUUUAUGAUCAGCAUGGUAGACGACGAAUAUGUACGUCUGCUUGGUAUCUUGGGAAUGAAUGAGACUUCUACAUUAAACUAUCCGGAAUUCCUUCAGUUGUUCCAAGCACAUGCAACUAAAGAGACACGCCCUUGGCUGAUCCCAUCUUACAAACCCAAACAGAUAGCAGCUGAUGCAGAUCUAGCUUGUGAACAAGCUCAUUACUGUCUUACUAUCAAAGCACAAAGCAGAUGGAAUGACCUAGCCAUGCAUUUCCAUGAAUAUGAUAUUGACGGAAAUAGUAUAAUUCUGAAAAAGGAUCUGAAGGAUGUCCUGUAUCGAUGUGGCAUCCCCCUGAACCCAAAAGAAUUUGAAAAACUCUGGGCAAGGUAUGAUAUUAAUGCAAAAGGAUACCUUACCCAUCAAGAAUUCCUGCAAAAAAUGGGUGUGGAGAACAUACCUCCUGACACUGGCCUCAACAAGCGGAUUAUGGCUGAGAACUAUGUACGCUUUAUGGAUCAUUACAAAAGAGAGGAAAGGAAGCACAUUGACAUCAAUGAAAUUAUAAGUAAGAUCAGAGAGAAGUACCAUGAAUGCUCCCAAGACUUCCACAAGGCCUUUUUGCAACAGGAUAAAAACAAAGAAGGCUACAUAUCGGUGGUCAGCCUACGUAAGAUGUUGGAAGACUUGCACUGUUGCCUUGGCUAUGAACAGUUUACUGAACUUCUGUACAGCUUAGGAAUUAGCACACAGGACAACAAGAUUUCAUAUUUUGAUUUUCUAAGAGCUAUUGAUGAUGGUGGAGCCUUCAAACGAUGGAAAAGGAGUACAAUGCCACCCGUACCUCCCAUUAGCUUUGUGCAACUCAGCAUAGAGGAAGCCAUGGCAAAAAUAAAACAGAUAGUUACCGCUUCGUCGGAUUUGUUAUACAAGGCCUUUUCUGCAUUUGACAAGGAGCGUACGGGGGCAAUUUCAACCCUGGAUUUCCGACAGGUGCUUCACCUCUUCUGUUUUACACUCUCAGAAAAGCAGUUCAACCAUCUCCUCAAACUGCAGCGACUUCGUGGCGAGCACUCCAUAGACUGGAAAUAUUUUCUGCAAAAAUUCAACUUCUUCUCAGAGACUGAGAAAGAGCACAGUAAAUUCGCUUGUCGGGAUCUGUCCAAUCAAGAAGUCUUUGCUCGUAUACAAGAAGUAGUGAAUGCUCGCUUUCAAGCCAUUGAACAAGAGUUCAAAACCGCGGACUGCACAAAAGCACACGUUGUAUCAAAAGAGGCCUUCAGAGAUAUCUGCAACCGACGUUUUUUACUUCUGACUGAUGAGCAGUUUGAGAAUCUCUGGAACACAGUACCUCUUGAUCCAAACGGGAAAUUGAAAUACCCUGGGUUUUUGAGGAAUUUCAGCUCUGAAGGAGGAGAAAUGCCAGAUACACCUUGCGCGAACUACCCAGAUGGUCCCUGCAAACCAGCUACACCUGCUGAGCCUGGAUCACGGCUAGCUUCAAGGCCUAAAACAGCAUCUCCAGCAUCUCCAAAGAAAGCCCCAGCUGCCAGCAGGCCGAAUACCGCAGCGGUUCCUACCCCGCCUCUUCUGAACUGUAAGCCCAUUGAAAGUAAAAUCCGAAAGAGCGUUCAACACUGUUGGAAAGACAUUUUGAAGGAAUGCAGAGCGAAGGAUGUCGACCGCCUGGGAGAAGUCUCAGUAGAAGAUAUGUUCGCUAUAAUAGAGAAAUUUCACUUGGACUUGACCAGAGAAGAAAUUAAGCAACUCGUAACAAAAUAUGAUUUUAAGAGCGUUGGCAAAUUUGCAUACUGCAACUUCCUUCAAAGCUGUGUGCUGCGGUUUAAGCAUCAGGAAGUGUCUCCUCUGCAGAGGGUUGUAAUCCAAAAUCCUCGAGUGCAGCAUCUACCUGGGCCACAAUCGCCAACCUUUUUCAAUGCCAUGAUGAGGAUUCAGCCCCAGAUCCUGCACUGCUGGAGGCCAAUGAGACGAACAUUUAAGUGCUAUGAUGAACGUGGGACCGGACUCCUAAGCGUUCAGGAUUUCAGACAGGUGCUUCGAAAGUACGGCAUCAACCUGUCUGAAGAGGAGUUCUUUCACAUCUUGGAAUAUUAUGACAAAACAUUAACUUCCAAAAUCUCCUACAAUGAAUUCCUCAGAGCAUUCCUGCAGUAGAAAAAAAAUGAAAGCUACCUCCAAUCUUGAAGAAUCAUUAGGCAAGAGAGAUGUGAUUACUGAAAUAUAUUUCCUCAUUUGA